GACGUCUGUAUGAUGCGCCGGAACAGUCGUUUGUAGUACAGCUUGCAUUCUGUGGAUAUCCAGCAAGAUCGAGGUUUUCAUCCUGUGGUAAAUAAUGCACGGACGUGUUAAAGUAAAGUCGACCGCACAGCAGGAGGAAGAAAAGAAAAAAGAAAGAGAGAAAAAGCUGAAAGUGUUUGUAUCUGCUCGAGAUGCUGUGUUAAAAAAGAGGAGUGCUGGUGAAAAUGACGAUGAAGCUUUGCAGUUGACGCAGCAGCUCCUCUCCUCCAACCCAGACUUUGCCACACUGUGGAACUACAGGAGAGAAGUUCUGAUGCACCUGGAGACGUCACGAGAAAAAGAUGAUGUUCAGAAACUCUACGAGUCUGAGCUGCACUUCAUUGAAGCCUGUCUGAAAGUGAACCCCAAGUCUUAUGGCAGCUGGCACCAUCGCACUUGGGUCACCGCGCGUCUGCCCCGACCCGACUGGAAGCGAGAACUCGGCCUCUGCGAUCGCUGUCUCAGCCUGGAUGAACGCAACUUCCACUGUUGGGAUUACCGGCGAAUGGUGGUGAAGGCAUCCGGUGUUUCUGUGGAGCAGGAACUGCAGUUUACAGAUCAGCUGAUUGGCUCCAAUUUCUCCAACUACUCCAGCUGGCAUUACAGAAGCACGCUGUUACCACAGCUCCACCCACAGCCUGUAUCUGACUCCGCCCCCAAUGCAAGCUCCUCCCCUACAUCCUCGCCUCAAACUCCUCACUCACACAGAGUAUGUGAAGAGCAGCUUCUGAAAGAGUAUGAGCUGGUUCAUAAUGCCUUCUUCACUGACCCCAAUGAUCAGAGCUCCUGGUUCUACUACCGCUGGCUGCUGGGCAGAGCGGAGCGGGAAGAGAUGAUCAGUUGUGUUUACAUCAAUAGGGAGGGUGAGACGGUGGCUGUCGCUUUCUCCAAACCUGUUCAUGCUCUGCCUGGGGGUCUCAUGCUGGUGUUAGAUGGUCAGCCUCAACAGGUGGAGUGGAGAAGUGUUCAUCCACGUUUUCGUCACAGCCCUGUCUGGCUGUGUGACCUUCCACCCGGCUCUAUCAGCGACAUCAAUAAUGAACACAACCUGACCAUCCACUGGACAGAGAAACACAUACACCGGGACUGUGCUCUCUAUACAGGUUCUUUUGAAAGCUGGUGCAGAGACUCCGCCACAGACCAGGAGCUCUUCAGGAGUGAGUUGUCUGUAGAAAAGACCUCUGUGCUACAAGCUGAACUUCAGUCCUGCAAUCAACUUCUGGAACUGGAACCUCAGAACAAAUGGUGUCUGCUGACUAUAAUACUCUUAAUGAGAGCUCUGGAUCCACUGGGUCAUGAGAAGGAAACCUUGGCUCAUUUUCAAACCCUUAAAGAAGUGGAUCCAAUGCGCUCUUCUUACUACAGUGAUCUGUGCAGUAAGUUUCUGAUUGAAAACACCAUUCUGAAAAUGGAGUAUGCAGAAGUUCGAGUGUUUAGCCUGUCAAAUAAGAACUUGUCGACCCUGUGUCACCUUGAUCAGCUUCUCUUGGUGACCCAUCUCAACCUCUCCUCAAAUCAGCUUGUGAGGCUGCCUCCUCAGUUUUCAAUGCUGAGAUGCCUCGAGGUGUUGGAAGCAGAUGAUAAUGCCAUUGAAGAUCUGGAGGGUGUGUACAAUCUACCUAAACUAGAGGAAAUCUCUUUGAAGAACAAUCAAAUCGGUAAACUAUCUGGUCUUAAAGUCUUGGCGUCCUGUCCCAAACUGACCACGCUGGAUCUCAGAGGAAACUCUGUCAGUCAAAUUGCCAACGCACAAUCAGAGUUAUCCCAGCUGUUGCCAUCGGUUACAUCCCUGUCUCUUUGAUACCCACUAUUAACUGAUGUGCGUCUGUGUGUUUGUGUGUCAUUGGGUGGUCUGUGUGUUACUGUUUGUGUUAUUAACUGUACUUCUUCAAAGUCUAAUAAGACUUCACCAAUGUUUCAUUUUCAACUGUACCUCGUGCACUGGGCCUUAUCAGAUUUUGAAUGAAACGUUCACUCAAAACAAUGACAUUUCUGUCAUUAUUUAUUUGUUCCAAACCUUAUAUUAGUCUAAGAUUACAUUCAUUUCAUUCAAACACAUAAUAACAUCUCUAAUAAUAUGAUCAUAUUUUUGUAGCUUAAGGAAGGGAGCAAAAUUGUCUUGUAUUCAAGAUCUUUCACUUUAUCACUCUUAAAUGUUAUUCAGACCGAUGUGUCGUGUUUUGUUACAGCACAAAUGUUGUUGUUUUGGUGAUAUGGACGUGAGACGCAUUGCUACAUUAUUUCUUAUGUCGUGAGGGGGCUUCAGUAGAGGGGAAGAAUGGUGACUUGCAUGCAUACAUGUCACAAACAUAUAGUAAACAAACCUAUUAACAACACAAGACCUGCACAUGUGUCUCAUGGACUGAUGUCAAUUAUAUGGAAAAUAAAAGCGGCAAAUGUCCAAUAUUGUUUCAUGGAAAACUAUUUCAGGGGGGUUAAGCAAAUAAUGACAGGAUUUUUUGUUAGAUUAACUCUUUAAAACCAGUGUUAUAUGUGUGUGUGUGAUAAAUUAUGAGAUAUUUAAACCUGUUGAUGGUUUCAGCAGUAACAACAUAAACAAACGCCUUUUGUGGACCAAACUUAACUUCCGGUAAGCUUCCACAAAUAAUCAAUAUCAACAGUGUUUGAAUUAUAUCAGAGAUUAUGGGGGUCCCCGAGCCCCCUCCGUCAUUAUAAAGUCGCAGUGAUUACUGAUGUGAUCCUGGAUCAAUGUUUAAAUCAAAGAAACCCCACUCAAACCUUAAUCAUUAUUAACCCAUAAAUUAGUGUAAAUAAUAGCUUGAGAGGAAUUUUUUAAAAGCACGUAACCUAAAGGUAAUAACUGAUUCUUACAAUCAACGAGGGUUAAAUAUUCCACAUGCCGAGACAUUUACUCGUCUGUCAAUUCCUCCAGAGAACAGCAUGACCCACACUUGAGAGUUUUAAAUUAUUUAGACAGAAAUCUGUUGGAUUAGUUUAUUGCGAAAAUGGGACAAAUAAUUCUUCCCUGGUGACAAAUCUCCCUUCACACAGCGGUGAUCUAUGCUCACAUCUCCCCUCGUCUUUAGGAAACCGAAACAUUUUUAUUUUUCAGAGGUCUUUUCAGCCACUAGCCAGACUGAUAAUAAACGAACACAGACCGGAAGUUAACUUCGGGCCAGGUGACUAACCGUGUCAAAUACUGUACUGAAAUGCUCUAUAUAUACUGUAAACAUCGUUUUGCAUGCUGAAAGAUUUCCACGUCUGUAUUUAGCCUUAGAACUAUGACUGUAAAGGUUAUGUUUAAGCUGAAAUGUGGUAAUUCCAAUUAACAAAACUAUUAUUUUACAGUUCUGCUUCCUCAUUCAUGUUAUGAGACUUCAUGAAAAUAAAGCAACAUGUUACUGCCUCUCUGUCUCCAGCUGGGGUUUUUCUUUCAAUGACAGCCGCCUACUGUAAGUGGAUGGACUGAUGAUGAUGUAGUUUAGUAAGAAUUCAGGAAGAAAAAGAAGAAGGAAGGCGUGAUUUCUGUCUGAUAGAAAGACUUUGAACAUGUAGUACUUUCUAAUAAAUUACCAAAUGUUUCCUUAAUUUUACUUAUGCCAUUAAAUUAAUGGAGUCAUAUUUAUAAGGAAGAAGACAAUACAUGAAUGUUUAUAAUCACAAUUCCUCUGUUUUUGAUAAUACAACAGGUGUUCCACAAGGACCUAUACUUGGACCACUUUCUUUUUCUUUGCACAUCAAUACAUGUAUAUUAUUUUUUUACUUUUCCAUUUGUUUGUCUUGAUCUUGUGUUCCAGCUUUAUGCAGAUGACGUUGUCAUUAAUGUGCAUGGAUGUUUUAGUGAAGACAUUGCUUGCAUGCAAACUCACUAGCGCAAUGAGCCGUAUUUCUAAAUCACUAUAACAAACAUGUCUAAUGAAUAAUGUUAAUACAAGUGUAGAACUGAUGUGCCCAUGUCAGAGUCUGAUCAUAUAUUUUCUGGGCAAAAGUUUAACAUCGUGCAGGAGUUUAAUGAUUCGAAUUGACUCUGGAUUUCUAUUUUGGAGUAACACCGUCACAUACCAUAAAUUAUACUCACUUUAAGAGGAAACAUUUUGUUCAGGGCCAUGUGACAUCACACUACUACUAAUCCUUUAAUAAAACUGAAAAUAUUUCUGAGAUUGAUGUGCCCUUCCCUGUUGAUCUCUCAUUACCACCAAAUGCAAUCUACAGUAUUACAGUAAAUGCAUUCACAAGGCAUGUGUGAGUUUGGAUGGGUGUGUUUGGCAAAUGUCAUUGUUGUAACUCACCUUAUCAAGUGUGGUGGUCAUUGUGAUGUUCCUC